CCUCAAUAAAAAAAGUGAGGCAGUAGAAAGACUCGUGAGGCACAUGAGGACUGACAGUAAUAAACGGUUUACUCUGGAGGUCAAAGGUCAAAUGUGUGAGUCACAUGAUUGAAACCAGGAAAUGGAGAAGCGAUGGCCUAUCAGUCGUUUCCUUCAUCUUUAGAGUCACGCAGAAACAAAGCUUUGAAGACGUCAGUGAACGGACUGCAGGACGAUGAUAAGCACAGACAGAGAGGAGCGUGUGGUCUCCACAUUUGGGGAGGAUUGUCAAAGUGGGAUCUCUAUUGACCUCUUCCUGCAUGUUUCACUCGUACCAGCACUGCUGAUCACAGGGGUGCUCUCGUUCCUGCAGAAGAGAGCCCAGACGCUCCCCGUCGACCACAGGCUGCCCUUUCUCAGGGGACGUUUUGGGAUUGUGGUGCCUUUUGACACCAUCGGCAGCCUCAGUAAUCGUUGGUCUUAUGGGUUUGCAUUCGGUGCUGUUUCAUCCAGCGUCCUGAUGCUCUUCUCUGAACGUUACAUUCCCUUCAUCGUCCCCAACUGGGCCAAAGCCAUAGUGUUUCUGGUCGGCGCACUAGAGAUUGGCCUGGUCUACUUCCCUUUCUUUGCCUGUCUGUCCACACCUUUCAGAACCGCGGGAGCAGUGCUGGGAAUACUCUACUCUCUGUCCUGGAUCACUAUCACAGUCUGGGAUAUAUUCACCUGUCCCAGCGGUGAGAUUUUGGGUAAAUACCAGAAGGUCAUCUCCCAGUGGCCGUGCCUCCUCUCACUCGUCUUCCUCCUGGGACGGUUUAUCUACAUACUCGUUAAAGACAUUCGAAUCCAUCUGCAUUUGGAGCAAGAGGACCCCGAGGAGUUGAUAGAAGAACACCAGGUGCGGCAUGUGAAAAGUCUGCUCAGAAAGCCCUCCCUGCACAGUAAAACCCUCAGCUGGUUCCAGGAAAGAGUUUAUGAAUGGGACCCCAACUUCAAGUUCCCCAACAGGCUCAUCGGCACCAUCAUUAUAUCUCUCAUUGGUCUUUACACGAUGACGCUGGCAGACUACAGUCUCAGUAAUGUGGCUUUUGACCAAGUAGACAGGUACAAGAACACACUGAAAUACCUGGUCACGUCAUGUAACCAGACUCAAGCUCUGGGGGCCAUGAUACCACAGCUGGAAGAGUUCAUCGACGUAGCGAGGAAAACUUGGCUGGCCACCACCAUCUUUGCGAGUAUCAACUCUGUGGCUUACACCUUCCAUGUCUUGGCAUGUUACAGGAAACACGUGAAGAGACUGUGGAAAGGUCAGAAGAGUUUUCUUCCUGAGAGGUUUCACAACCCCAGCUCUGCAGCCAGCGUAGCUUCCAUUGCGAGAUAUUCUGGUUGGCAGAUUGCGUUCACACUGUGGGGCUACCUGAUUGUUCAUUUUGUCCACUUCCUGUUCGCCCUGCUGUUCGUGUACGCGCUGAUUCUUCCCAUACAGCACGGACAAGCGCUGACUAUGCUGAAAAACCUGGGGAUUAUCAUUCUGACCAUUGCCCUGGUGAUUGCUCUGGUGAUUCUCCAGGUGGUUCUGGUUCAGAUCCUCUUCCUUCAGGACAAAUUGUCUCCGACUGAUAAAUACAAACCUCUGGCUCUCAACAACAGGAAAGCCUUCCACUGCUUCAACUACUUCUUCUUCUUCUACAACGUGGUGAUGGGGAUCAGUAACUGCAUACUGAGGCUGCUUUCCAGCAUAAUGGUGGGAACAUGGCUGGUGUCACGCAUAGACCGGACUAUUAUGCAGAGAGGAUAUGAAAACAUGGAUGCUGGCUACAGUACCUGGGUGGGAAUGAUUUUUGCUGACCACUACCACAAUAAUCCCGUCAUGGUGUGUUUCUGCCAGCUGCUCGUCUCCAAUACACAGGAGAAGAAGAAUGCAUCUGCAUACUCCACAUUCAGCAACAUUUCAUCUGAACCCCCUGUGAACAGCCCAGCCAAGAAGCGCUGGAUGCUGUUUUAUACACUGCUGAGGAACCCUCAUCUGAUACUGUUCAGAAAGCAACACCUGUCCAUAUCUUCAUUAUUACAGACGUCAUCACCCCAAUCAGAGACAAUCGUACAUGCUUGGGUCAUGGCAUCGCAAACACAGAGCCGCCAAGCAGAAUCCCAGGCGCUGCCAGAGAUCACAGUCUCACCUGCAGAAGACUGCUAAAGAAGCAUUUCCAUUUAAUCUUGUGUUUUCCAAAACAUGGGCUGUAGAGAUAACUUGUUUAUGUCUUGCAGCGUCAGAUAUUUUUACUGAAGAAGCAGAGGAAGCAUGGCAGCUUUUUAAAUUGAUUACUGAAGGAUUUGAUUAAAAAGGGAGCCUAAAAAACAGGUUUGGAAUAUAACUUAACUCAACUAUAUUAAUAUUACUUUUCAUACAUAACAGCAUGCACUCCAAAGUGCUUCACAUUAGAUGGAAAUGAAAGGAAAAAAAGACAGCGAAAGAAAAAAAAAUAGUAUACUAAAACAAAAAAGAAGACAUUUAUUAAAGUGUAUUUUUUUUUAGCACACGUUUAUUUGAAAAAUACUUAACUCUUGUGCAAAGAGUUCAGAUUUCAUGCCUUACUUCAGGGGUUCCCAAACUUUUCAGCCCUGGACCCCCAAAAUAAAGGUGCCAAAGACUUGCGACCCCCACUGUCCCUCAAAGUGAUUUAAUGUGGCUUCAU